GAAGUUUUUAAAGAAGUUUGGCAAACUGAUAAAUUACUAACAAGUAUUGAUGGUGUUGCUAUUUCACCCCCUCCAGAGCUGGGAGGAUUUUCAUUUGCUGUUGCCGACAGUCACUGGUUCCAUGUUGAUCAGGGUGCAACCAGACAAGGACGGCAUGCUUAUCAGGGUGCUUUAUAUCUAGAGGAAACAACAGAAACAGAUUACGUAUUUCGCGUUUUAGAAGGAUCUCACAAAUGGCACAAAAAGUUCUACGAAACCUUUCCAGAAGUUGCCAGGAAGGCCUCAAAAUAUGAUUUUUAUAAACUAACCCCAGAACAGUUUCAAUGGUAUCAAGACAGGGGAUGCGUUCAACGCCGAAUUCCGGUUCCGAAAGGAGGAAUGGUUUUGUGGGACUCCAGAACUAUUCACGAUAAUAAUCGGCCUGAAUUCGGACGAGCGAACUCCGAUAGGUGGCGAUUUGUAGUCUUUUCCUGCAUGACCCCUGCCGUGUGGGCUAAACCGGCAGACAUCAGUGCCAAGCAAAAAGCUUAUAAAGAAAUGUUGAUGACCGCACAUUGGCCUUCACAAAAUGUU